AUGGAAUUCUCAAGCCGAAGCAUUAAGGAGGAACAUCCGUGGGACCCGUUCACUGUUUUUUUGGAAUUUCGUGACACACACAGGAGAAAAAAUAGGAAGAAGAAGAAAGAAAGAAAAGUCAGAAGGAAAGGAACAGCAGGGUUUGCGACGGUGAAAAUCGCUAUUUUUCAGCAUGCGACCCACGCCAUAUCUCUUGGCGACUAA